CCCAAUUAAAAACGAUGUGUCGCAUCACUUUCUCUGUGCAGAGCAUUCACCAUUGAUAAACAAGACAGAAGAACAUGUUUUAUGUCGUAUUUCGUUUAUUGAGGCAAUUCCAUCAGAGCGAGCAGGAAGGGGAAUCGUGUAGGGUUAUUUAGCCUUGCCUAAAAGACCUCAGCGUCAACUUCAGGGCGAGUCAUCCCCACGUCCUGCUCGGAAGAACUCCAAAACCUUUUGUCUACAGUCAUGAAUGACUACUAAUGGACUCGGAUUUGGUUGAAAAUUUGUAAAUUCAACAGCAUCGUUAAUUAUGCUUUGAUGGGCCAUUACACUUAUUCGCAACUGUAUAUUUAGAAUAUAUCCUAUGAAAGGGAAAUACUACUAGCAAGCAAAAAAUAUUAUGUUACUCCAUCGUACCUAUUUUCUGCUUCUUUGCUGUUUGGUGUGUUCUGACUUCGGUUUGUUACAACUAUUUGGUUUUGUUAAGCAAACUGUGUUUUCUCUGGAAUUAGUAAACAGUUUAUAUACGCCAGACUUUUGUUGGAUUUUUUUAGGGUGCAAUUGUGAAAUGUGGUUUCUUGAGUGAUAUUUUUUGGUGAGUCAUCGGUGGCGUUAUGCUUAAACCGAUGGUGACAAGGAGGAGGAUGAAAAUGUUGAUCGUAACAAAAAUCAUUGUAAUAAUAAUUGUGACAAUGGUAAUAUUAAAAAAUAAUAAAAAAUCAAUAACGGUUAUAGAAGUGGCAAAACAUUAAGUUAGGAAUGAAUACUAAUUUAUAUCAAGUACACAUUAUGACAAAAAAUAGAAAACAGUAGGUAGGGCCACCAAGAUGUGAGAACAAACACUAAAUCUGUUUUGGAACAGGCGAAGAACAAAUGGAAGAGAAAAAGUUUUCUGCUCUGCCUAAGAAACUGUGGCUUGAUGAAGUACUUACCCAAGGCUUUGCAGCACGUCGAUCUUCUUGAUUAUUCUUUGGAGCUCAUAUUCAGAAUUGACCACUGAUGAAACAAAUUUUGUUAAGUUUGUAAAAUAUGCAGGUGUUCUCGAGGGGAAGAGUAGUACCUUUGCAUUUCCACGUAAAUUGUGAAAAAAAAAUGGCUGUUGGGCUCUCUACCCCUUCACUCGCGUAGGCGAAUCUAAAGCUAGAGUCAUGGGCGUGCGGAGUUGGUCUGCAAGGGAAAUUUGCAGUAUCUUUUUUUUUCCUCCCAAUUCAACCUUUUUAGCCUCAUAGUAUUAUUUUCAUGACAUGAAAAUCAAUUGUUAGUCAAAUUGAUGUGGUUUUCCUCUUUAUUUAUAGUUCUUACAUUUACAUAACCAUUCAUCUGAGUAAAUAUUGGAAACGCCCAUGGCUACAGCAUAAAGAGGUAGGUCUCUUUCAUCAAGAGUCACAUGCCUCAGUCCUCCCCACCCUCUGUGCACUUCCUGUUUCUCAUCAUCGUGUUUGUACAAUAAUCCAUCUGUCUCUAGAUAUCCUCGUUUUUAUCCUUCCCCAUAAUUCUAUAUCAGUUUAAUUACCGAAUUCCAUUAAUUACGUCCAUUUCCAUCUUCAUGCUUUUCGUUUCGUGCUCUCAUCCUCUCUUUAGCAACCGCAUCCUCUACCUACUCUUUCUCCUCCUCCUCUACCUCCUUUUCCUCUUCCUCCUCCUCCUCCUCCUCCAAGACUCGAGGAGCACCUCCCCUCAUGGCCUGUCAUUGAGCUGAGGACAAAAAACGGGCAUUUUGACUUUUGCCCCGACUUCUCCCUCUUCUUUCAGAACCUAAGCUCUCCGUGUUCGCGCUGGGCAUGAUCGCAACCACAAAGUCUCGCACUUCCCACCACCACUUCUACCACAACCACCGUCCCAAAUCGCCCUUUUACAACCACCUAAAGAGCCAUACUGCGCCCUCCAGUCCAGUCCACAACCGCCGUCUCCUCACCGCCCGGAACAUGCGCAUGAGCUCUGUAGAAUUGCCUGACGAGAAUGAAAAAUCCCUGAGCUCGGCCAGCACCUCCCCGUGUCCUUCACCCGUCAGUAAAAAGCCCCAUCGCCUCCUGCCUACAAAUCUCUACGUUGUUCUCUACAAUUUCACCUCGAGACAUCCCGAUGAGCUUGACCUUAGAGCUGGAUACAAAGUGACGGUGACAGACACUUCCGACCCUGACUGGUGGCAAGGCAAGUGUUUGGGCCGGACCGGCUACUUCCCCUCCAAGUAUGUCACACGUCUAAACGGCGGAGAGAAGCCCCUUCAGGUCACCCACAACCUCCAGGUUAAUGACGGAGAAAACGGAAUAAAGCUCCUUCGAGACCAGAUUGUUAUCCAGAUAGGCGAGGAAGUGGACGGUAUGGUGAUGAUUCGCAAUGGGGACAACCAGCAAGGCGUGUGUCCCCUCAAAUACCUUCAAGAGGCCUGAGACUAGGGAUUAUAGCCAUUCCUCGGAAGGCAGUGAUUCUACAGUGUGGAUGUGGAAGAAAGAUGAAGUAACACUAUAGACAAAUCGAUUUACAUACCUCGUAGAAAUUUGAAACAUUUAUAUUUGAAAGUGAUAAGAAAAACUGCACCAUGUUAAAAAUAUAAAUGAGGAGACACUUUUCGUGGGUAAACAAAUAAAAGACACAAGGAGGGUAAAAAUUAUGUCUGUGGUAGUGGUGGUGGGGGGAAGGAAGAUAACAGUGCUACCCACCCCCUAUAUAUUACACCUGUUCCCUCCCCACCGCCCUCCCUCACCCACCCUUCAAGACUCACAUUCAUUCCUGAGCAUUAGUUAAUGUUGUUGUUGCUGCUGUUGUUGUUGUUACUAUUUAGCUCAUUGCACUAAGUAAGGUCUUCAUUGCACUCUGAAAAAGAAAAUUAUGAAAAAAGAAGCAAAACUGGCCGCGGUGGUUCUCGUGUGUGUGUGUGUGUGUGUGUGUGUGUGUGGUAGCAGCAAAUGCGUAUGUCUUUGGUUACGUCUAUGCAUUCAAGCUUACAUAAGCAGCAGUCUUGGCCUCCGAAACUGAAUGACUUGAUAAAUACAAGUUUUCUGAUAAAAGAACGUUACGUGCAUGUGAGGACAAGGAAAACACAAACAUGAAUCAACGACGCCGCGGAGGAAAAACGAUUGCAGAGGAAACAAGAAAUAUAUUGAUAUGCGAAACCAAACAAGCCAGGCCACUCCUACAUAGCAUUCAUCAGAGGGGAAAUUAUAUAUAUAUAUAUAUA